ACCCAGUUAUUAUUUGAUUUAUGUGGACUUGCAGCUGCCCUUGCUUCGACCCCAGAAGAGGCUGUGUGGGAAGUUUGUGUCUCAGAGCUGUAGCAUUGCUCUGCGGAGUGUCUGGAGCCUGGUGUGUGCACAGAAACUGAUAAAUAGGGAAAAGGCCCAGUUUGCUCCAGCUGGACUCAGAGCUACGAUCAGUGCUACAGCCCAGCGGACUCAACUCUGGAAGCAAGAAACUCUCUGGAACUACCGUUGCCUUCUUAAAAGUCUAUCACAUAGCAAAGUGAAUGAAACACUGCAGUUGGGAGGAGAAUAUGGCAAAUACAUUUGUCACUGUACCGGAUGGGUAUUGUCUUCCUGAGCCCAUACAGUAUUAUGAUGUUUUACCAGAGCACAUCAACUAUCAGCUACAAGACACUGAUUUUCAGACUGCCCCGUACUGCCAAUACUCGGCUGUUCAAAUUCCUCCUCCAGUAUUACAGUCACAACCUUCUCAGUCCCAGUACAGCACAUACAGCCUGGAUGCUCAGUACAGCGACGGGCAGUGUAUCAUCAGCAGCUGUGAAUUAAGCAAACCCCCGUUCAUGUCUCCCCACAUUGAUGACGGUGGAUACCAAGGACUAAAACGGCCAAGAUUAAACCACUCUUCUUUGAGGCUGAAGGGACAGGAGGAGCUGUGUGUAGUGUGCGGUGACAAGGCCUCAGGUUAUCACUACAACGCACUUACCUGCGAAGGCUGUAAAGGCUUCUUUCGACGUAGCAUAACAAAAAAUGCAGUAUAUCGAUGCAAGAACGGUGGCCAUUGCGAAAUGGACAUGUACAUGCGAAGGAAGUGUCAGGAAUGUCGCUUGAAGAAGUGUAAAGCUGUGGGAAUGCUAGCAGAAUGUUUGCUGACUGAAGUACAGUGCAAGUCAAAACGACUCAGGAAGAAUUUCAAACAGAAGAGCAGUUUUGUUUGCAACGUAAAAUUGGAAGAUGAGGGACUGAAUAGUAAGCACGUAUCAUCUACAACGAGAUCUGGAAAAAUCCCAGAGAAGAUGGAACUUACUCCAGGGGAACAUCAGCUUCUUGACCACAUUGUAGCAGCACACCAAAAAUACACAAUUCCUCUUGAGGAAGCAAAGAAGUUUCUACAAGAAACUGCAAGUCCUGAGGAAAGUUUUCUCCGUCUCUCUGAGACAGCAGUGGUCCAUGUACAAGUGUUAGUGGAUUUCACAAAAAGACUUCCAGGAUUUGAAAGUUUAGCUAGUGAAGAUCAGAUUGCCCUGCUAAAAGGGUCAACAGUCGAGGCAAUGUUUUUGCGUUCAGCCCAAAUAUAUAACCAAAGAAUCAGUGAAUGCCAACCAUCAACAAGUGAAAGUCAUGUAAGACUUUCAGAUCAUGGGACAUAUUGUCAUGUUCAAAACCCUGAUAAAACCCACAUUUAUUCCAUGGAAAUGUCUCACAAUGAAGAGAGUCCAACUUCCACUACGACCACAGGUAUAACCGAGGAGUUUAUUACCGCACUGUUUUACUUCUACAGAAGCAUGGGGGAGCUGAAAGUGACUGAGACCGAAUACGCCCUGCUUGUAGCAACAACUGUGUUUUUUUCAGACCGCCCGCUCCUGAGGAACAAGCGGCACGUAGAAGAGCUGCAGGAGCCGCUGCUGGGUAUCCUCUACAAGUACUCGAAGAUCCACCACCCCGAGGACCCACAGCAUUUCGCCCGCCUUAUCGGGCGCCUCACGGAACUGCGCACCCUCAACCACACCCACGCGGAGGUGCUGGUGACAUGGAGAACAAAGGACCCCAGGCUGACCUCCCUGCUCUGCGAGAUCUGGGAUCUGCACUAAGCGACGCCGACCGUUGGCGGCGAUGCGGAGCCGCAGCAGAACCGCGAUCGCCUCAAGUACCGCUGCUGCGCCCAGCGCGCGCCGCGCCCGCCGCCCCCCUUCCCGCCUCGAUCGCGCGCUUCUGCUUCCCGCCUUUUUGUCCUCCCUCAGCAGCCGGCGAGUUCGGGGCGUUAGCGUGCCCCGUCAUGAGGUGCUGGCUCUGAGACCCGCCCUUUUCUCCGAGGCCAUGGAAAAAGAAAAGCCGUUUAAAUUGUUCGUGCCGCCGCGCCUGAGCGGUGGUCAGGUGUCUGCAGUCAAACCUCAGACGAGCGCUCGGGCAACGGGGCUGUGUCAGGUAAAUGGUCCUGCCGCCUGCCUUGCGUUAUGUUGCUCUGGAGGCGACGGCUAACGAGGGGGCGGCGGGGCGAGAGGGGUGACAGGGCGCAGGGGCCCUUCCAAGGGGACACGGGGGGGGGGGGGGGAACGAUUCUCCCGGGCAGUCCCCAAGCAAAGUCCUGAACCUCCGUCCUGGGAAGCACAUGUGUAGAUACGCGUGAAAGCGUGUGCGCUGAACUAAUUUUUCUGCAAACUAUUAAAGAUUGGUGCUGGAGGGGAACAUCUUAAGUUUUAAUUUCAAAUACUUCUACUGUUUUCUAUCAAAACUGAAGAGAAUCAUCUUCUCCAGCAUCUGCUAUGUAUUUGAACUGUACACUGCCAAUGAUAAAUGCAUGUUUGAUGUGGGUAAUUCAGAACAGUAAGUGGAAAGUACACCACUCAGAUACCCUUACUGGGUUUGAUUUAUUGGUCCCACCAGAUCAAGUGUGCAGUGAAAAUGUUCUGUUGCUACGCUCCAAAUUAUGUGGAUUCAACAAGGUAUUUUUUCAUGUUGAGGCUCCUUAUGAAAUAUGUUUAGAUUACAAAUUUCUAUGACUUCUAAAACACUUUGUGAAGCAAAAUCUUUGUGCUAAAACAUAAUAGAUUGUGUUUUAGGAGUACUCUUGGGAAUAAAGCAAAAAAUAAGUAACAAA